AAGUGCCCACCCUGUCUUACCGGCUUUUUCUUUCAUUCUGUUUACUACCAGUUCAUGCCUUCUCUCGCACGUCGUCAACAAGGUAGGAACUGUAACUCAACUUCAUAAUAUAAUAUGAGAAACGAGAAAAUUUGAGGAAAGCCAGGUCUGCAGGGUUCAGUUGUUUCACAAGCAGUUUAACAAGUUGGGUGAUGUUGAACUUUUCAAUUACUAUUAUGUAUUUUGAUUCGCCAUGCGCUUUCCGACAAACCUCUGGGGUUCAAAGCUCCCAAGCUGGAGUUUGAGAAUCAAAGAAUCAUACCGUGUUGGAAAAUGGCUAGAGGUGUUUUCUCACUAUCAGGAGAUGAAGAGAUAUGGAGUUCAUCCAUCAGAUCCUUCAGUGUUCCCUCCCAUUCUCAAAGCAUGUCUGAACCUCUCCCCCACAGAUGGGAAAUCAGUCCAUGCAUGUUUGAUCAAACAAGGUUAUCAAUCAUUUGCUUCCAUUGGGAAUUCCAUUGUGGACUUUUACAUGAAAUGUGGGGACUUGGAAUCAGCAUUGGGUGCUUUUGAUUGCAUGCAGAAUAGGGAUUCAGUGUCUUGGAAUAUUAUUAUUUAUGGGCACCUUGAUCAGGGUGUUCUAAAAGAAGGUUUAAGGUGGUUUAAUAAGGCUAGGGUAGCUGGGUUUGCACCGAAUGCUUCCACAUUGGUUCUUGUAAUUCAGGCAUGCCGCAGUAUUGGAGCUUACCAUGAAGGAUUAGAAAUUCAUGGGUACACGAUUAGGAGUGGAUUAUGUGCCAUUGACUCUAUUCAGAACUCCUUGUUGAGCAUGUAUAUGGAUACAGACUUAAUGGGCGCGCGAAUCUUGUUUGAUGAAAUGUGUAAUAAAGAUGUUAUCUCUUGGAGUGUGAUGAUUGAGGGUUAUGUGCAAAUUGAGGAAGCAGAAAUUGGCUUGAAGUUGUUCCAGGAAAUGGUGUCUGAGGAUGGGAUCCAACCAGAUGGUGUAACCACAGCAAGUGUUCUAAAGGCCUGCGCAAGAUUAGAGGACAUUCAUAUGGGAAAGUUGGUCCAUGGAGUGGUGAUCAGAAGAGGAGACAAUAAUGAUUUGUUUAUAGGGAAUACCUUAAUUGAUAUGUAUUCAAAGUGCAAGGAUGUUGAUUCUGCCUUUCAAGUUUACAGGGAGAUGUCUCAAAAGAACAUUGUUUCAUGGAAUUCUAUCAUAUCUGGAUUUGUCCUCAAUGAGAAGUAUUCAGAAGCUUUAUUGCUGUUUAAUUUGAUGGGGAAGGAAGGAGUUGAGGUAGAUGAGGUGACUCUUGUGAAUUUUCUUCAAAUAUGCAAACAUUUUGUGUACCCAUCUCAGUGCAAGUCUGUUCACUGUAUAAUAAUCAGACAGAAGUAUGAAUCGAAUGAAUCAGUCAUAAAUUCUUUAAUCGACGCUUAUGCGAAGUGCAAUCUUGUUGAUCAUGCAUGGAAACUUUUCGAUGGCUUGAAGGAAAGGGAUGUGGUGUCAUGGAGCACCAUGGUAGCUGGAUUAGCUCACUGUGGCAAGCCUGAUGAGGCAGUUGGGGUUUUCUGCGAGAUGAGCAAAACAAUGGAGAAGCCCACUGGCAUUACCAUCAUAAAUCUUCUUGGAGCGUGUUCUCUUUCUGCUGAACUGAGAAGGUCAAAAUGGGCCCAUGGAGUUGCAAUCAGAAGUGGCUUUGCAGCCGAUGUAGCUGUUGCAACUGCAAUUGUUGAUAUGUAUGCAAAAUGUGGUGCCAUUGAUACCUCCAGAAAGGUCUUCGAUGGAAUGCCAGAGAAAAAUGUCUUGUCAUGGAGUGCCAUGGUAGCAGCGUAUGGUAUGAAUGGUCUUCCCAGAGAAGCAUUGGCAUUGCUCCCAGAAAUGAAAUUGCAGGGUCUGAAGCCGAACUCUGUAACUACUCUCUCAGCACUAUCUGCAUGUAGUCAUGGAGGGUUAAUUGAAGAAGGCCUUUCUUUUUUAAAAUCAAUGGUCCAUGAAUAUGGGACAGUGCUCGGGUUGGAACAUUAUUCGUGCGUGAUUGACAUGUUGGGUCGUGCUGGAAAGCUUGACAGUGCGGUGGAAUUGAUUAACCACAUCCCUGAUGGUCAUAAGGCUGGUGCAAGUGCUUGGGGAGCUAUUUUGAGUGCCUGUAGAAGCCAUGGAAACAGUGAGCUUGGUGCAGGAGCUCUCUCUCAUGUUCUUGAGCUGGAGCCUAUGAACUCAGCAGGAUAUUUGCUUGGAUCAAGCAUGUAUGCUGCGGAAGGUUUAUGGGGAAGCGCAACGAGAAUGAGACGGUUGGUGAAAGAGAGAGGGCUGACGGUCUCUGCUGGCUACAGCUUGGUUCAUGUUGGCGACCGAGCUUGGAGAUUUCUUGCAGGGGAUUGCUCCAACCCCCGCGCUCAAGAGGUAGACAUCAUGGUUACGCAGCUUCAUAGUUGCAUGAAUAUUGACGAAAGGAUUCACUCGCGAGUUGUUGAAUGCUGAAGUGUAUGUUCGUCUCCUUGUGAGCAUGAUCUUGUGAUCGAAUGAGCUAGGUCAAGAUUGACAGCAAUUGAUGUUCGAUUCAAUCAGUAGGUACACCUGUUACUGCUGCUGAACCAAGGAUUCAUGAUAAUACACAUUUGUAGUGAUGCCUAUGAAGAAAAUGAAAAUAAAUUUGAUUA